AUGGCGUAUAAUUGUCGGAGUGAGGAUCAGAGGUUUGGCCCCUCACUCUCCGACUGCCUCAUUCGUUUCGACUUCACCCUCUUAUUCGAACAGAGCAUUCUCGAACUGGUCCCUUCUAUCCUCCUGAUCCUGUUGGCACCGCUACGCCUGGUACAGCUCCUUCGAAGCCCUAAAAAAGUCCCGAUCUCUCAUUCUCUAGGGAUCGGAAAAGCAACAGUCACGACCAUUCUUUUCGGCCUUCGCGUGGCAUUGCUGACUCUAUGGUGUAUUCAACCUGUAACUUCAGCCUCUAUUGCAUCAGCCACCCUAUCAUUGUUGGGAAGCGGCGCCGUUCUUGCGCUCUCUCUCUUGGAACAUACGCGAUCCGAGCGCCCAUCCUCGCUCCUCUGCAUCUAUCUCCUGUUCGACAGUCUGUUUAACGCAGCUCAGCUGCGAAGCCUCUACCUCCGCAGACACCUGAGCAAUUUAUCCAUCAUCACCUCUGUCGCUUUGGGAACCGAAAUUGUCCUUUUGCUCCUUGAGAUAGUCAACAAGCGUGCCGGGCUGUACGAUGCUUUUCGCAAUAAAUAUUCCCCGGAGACCACAAGUGGGAUCAUCAAUCGCAGCUUUUUUUGGUGGUUGAGCCCGCUGUUCUUGCGCGGAUAUCGGAGGAACUUGAGCCUUCAAGAUCUCGAUCGGGUGGACCAAAAGCUGUCUGCUCGACCGUUGCAUGAUCGCAUGCAGACCACGUGGGCGAAGUAUCAAUCUGAGCGCCGCGUCUCUUUGGGGGUCGCCCUCUUCCAUUGCUUCAAGCUGCCGCUUCUCCGGACGGUGUUCCCCCGACUGUGCCUGAUUGGCUUCACGUAUGCGCAGCCGUUUCUCAUCACACGAGUGAUCAGCUAUGUUAGCGACACAAGUCCAGCCCGUAGUAAGAGUGACGGUUAUGGUUUGAUUGCAGCAACCGGAGUGGUUUAUCUCGGGAUCGCGCUCUCCACGGCCCAUUACCAGCACCAAGUGUAUCGCAUGAUUACUAUGUUUCGCGGAGCCAUGGUCGCACAGAUUUACGCCAAAAGCCUGAGUCUUACUGAAGCCCCCGAUGAGUCUGCAGCCGUCACCCUCAUGAGCACGGACGUGGAUCGGGUCGCGUUCAGCUUGCGCCAGAUUGCCGAAGUAUGGGCGCGCACCGUGGAGCUGGCGAUAGGAUUGUGGCUCUUGGAGCGGCAGGUGGGCUGGAUCUGUAUCGGUCCCACAGUCGCCCUUGUUGGCUCGUUCUACGCAUCGCUCCAGGUGGCCAAGAGGAUCGGACCCGCGCAGAAAGCCUGGGUUGGCGCAGUGCAACGUCGGGUCGCGCUGACUUCAUCCCUCCUGGGAGGCAUGAAGAGCAUCAAAAUGAUGGGCAUGUCGGAGCGCAUGAACCGAACCAUUCAAGGGCAGCGACUUCGUGAAUUGCACCUCGGAGCAAGUUUCCGGGUAUUUGGGAUCUGGCGCAACACAAUCUCAAUGAUCCCGGUCGAAAUUGGGCCUUUCCUGGUCUUCCUGAUCUAUACCGUUCAGUCCCAGCGCUUGACUACCGACAAGGCGUUUGGCACCCUGGCUAUUAUCUCGUUGCUGACUGACCCCGCGAGAGAGCUUCUUGCCUCCUACCCGACCCUAAUCUCGGCGAUGGGAUGCAUCGAUCGAAUUCAUGCCUAUCUAUCAAGACCAAACCAAACCACAGUCAAGGCUACAAGCCUUGAUGAUAUUGGCAGUGCGAAGUCGGGCAUUCUCCUACAACCCCUCUCCUCGAAGUCGAUUGAUCGCCCGGUUAUCUCCUUCUAUAAGACCGAUAUCCGCCCAGCACCAGAGCACGAGACUGUUCUGUCCCAGAUUAAUUGGCAAGUCCUCCCUGGUUCAAUUAACUUCAUCAUUGGCCCCGUCGGCUCGGGGAAAAGCACGCUCCUAAAAGCAAUCCUGGGCGAGGCAUGUGCCACCGUCGGCAGCAUCGAAGUCAAUAGCCGCGAUAUCGCGUUCUGCUGUCAGUCUCCGUGGUUGCAGAAUCUCCGGCUUCGAGACGCUAUUGUCGGCCCCGGGGCCGAAGAGCUAGAUGAGACUUGGUACGCUACUGUGCUUGGAGCCUGUCUUCUCGAUGUCGACGUCAAGCGGCUGCCGCAAGGGGAUGAUAGUCUCAUUGGCAGCCGGGGAGUGACACUGAGUGGUGGUCAGAAACAGCGCGUGGCCCUGGCUCGAGCACUGUACAGUCGCCGAUCCGUUCUCUUGCUAGACGACGUCCUUAGCGCUCUGGAUACAAAGACAGAGUCUCGGAUAGUGCAAAACCUGUUUGGACCAAAUGGGAUACUUCGACGCAACAGGUUCACUGUCAUCCUAGUGACUCAUGCAAUCCGACAACUGCAUCUAGCCGAUCAAAUUAUUGCCUUGAAUCGCUCGGGGAAUGUGGCCUACCAGGGAUCCGGGGCUGACUUCAACAGAGAAGUGAGUGCGCCGGAACUAUUGCUGCAGGAGGUCGCGAGCGCCGACGUUGGUCUGCAAGAGGAGGUAUUGGAUGCAGCAUCGACGCAGAACAAGGCGAGCAAACCCCUUCCGAAGGCAGCCCGGGGACCAACGGCGACGGAUGUCAGUGACUUGAGUCGGCGGACGGGGGACCUUGCGGUGUACAAAUACUACGCCGACUCGUUUGGGUGGAUGCUCUCUAUGAUGAUUCUGGUGAUGGUCGCCCUGGUUGCGGUCACCACUUACCUUCCACAAAUCUGGCUGGAGUUAUACACCACUGGCGCCGUCCGUAACACCGCGGCGUUCUGUGCUGUCUACGCGGUAAUAGCACUGACUUGCCUUGCUGCCUUCUACCUAUCCAUGAGAAUCGUGUUUAUCCAUCUGGUUCCCAAGUCAGGGGCCAAUCUGCAUCAAAUCCUCAUUGACACUGUGACGCGCGCCACCCAGUCUUAUUUUAACCGAGCCGAUAGCGGUACAAUCCUCAAUUUGUUCAGUCAGGACAUGACCUUGGUGGACGCCAUGCUCCCGGCCUCCAUGAUAAUCACGCUUCAAGCCCUGGCCAAUGGAUUAGUCCAAAUCGGCCUCAUCGCGACAGGCUCCAGCUUCAUGGCGUUGACCAUACCGGGACUGAUCUGCCUCGUGUACUUGCUCCAAAAAGUCUACCUGCGCACCUCGCGGCAGAUCCGAUUCCUCGACCUCGAGGCCAGAAGCCCCCUGUACACACACUUUAUGGAGACGCUCGAAGGACUGACCACAAUCCGCGCGUUCGGCUGGCAGCACGCCUUCAUGGCCCGCAGCAACCAGCUGCUCGACGAGUCCCAGAAACCGUAUUACUUGUUGUACUGCAUCCAGCGAUGGCUCGACCUCGUUCUGCAGCUGCUUAUUGGAAGCCUGGCGGUGAUCUUGGUAAGCUUGGCCGUGACACUCCGAGCGUCCAGCUCGGGCGGCCAGAUCGGCCUGGCCCUGAACAGCAUCCUCGGCUUCAACGCCACCUUCGAAAUGCUCUUUACCUACUGGACCACCCUCGAGACCUCCCUAGGCGCCAUCGCCCGCAUCAGGUCCACCGCACAGGUUACCCCGCAGGAAACGGAUGACAGGGACCAGUAUCCAGCCCCUCCGGCCACCUGGCCGACACACGGAGAGAUCAUCUUCGACCAUGCAAGCGCCUCUUGGAGUAGUACUGCCAGUACCAACACCAUCCCCAUCCCCAGCUCCAGCCCCCGCCCCAGGACAAAGCCCCACCCACCAGCCCUACAAGACCUCACCUUCACCAUCCCCGCGGGCACCAAACUCGGUAUAUGCGGCCGCACCGGCAGCGGCAAGAGCACUCUCCUGGCAACCCUACUCCGCCUCCUCGAUCUCUCCACAGGAUCGAUCCUCAUCGACGGACACGACAUCCGGUCCGUGUCGCGCACACACCUCCGCAACCGCAUCAUUACGAUCCCCCAGGAACCGUUCUUCCUACCUGGCUCCGUGCGCGAUAACAUGACCCUCACCCCGCCGGACAACAUCCACACCCAUCCAACCGAGACAACAGAGUACUCUGAUCAACGCAUCCGGACGGCGCUCACCAAACUCGAUCUCUGGACUACAAUCCACGAGAAAGCCAACGGGGAAAAUCCUCUGGACACGCCAAUGCAGAGCCUGGGGCUAUCGCCAGGCCAGCAGCAGCUCUUCUGUCUGGCGCGCGCUGUCCUUCGCAAAGACACGGCGCGGGUUGUAGUGCUGGAUGAGGCGACGAGUGCGGUGGAUCACGAGGCGGAAGGGAAGGUGCAGGCUGUGUUGAGGAGGGAGUUCGCGGAGCAUACGGUUGUCAUGGUUGCCCAUCAGGUGGAGAUACUGGUGGAGCUGGACAUGGUUGCUGUGCUGGACUGCGGGCGCGUGGUGGAGAUGGAUGCGCCGGGGCGGCUGAUAGGGAGGGAGGAGUCGGUAUUUGCGGAGUUGAGGCGGUGCGGGUUGUAA